GGCUCCCCCCAUGUAUGUGUGUGGUGUUAUUAGACCAGGAGGACUCUGGAGGAUAGGUUUAAGAUUUGCUAAGCACCGAGAGGAUCUGUGGAGUACAAAUAAAUAAUGGACACAGACAACGAGCAGCAAGAAGAGGAGACUUUCAACAGCACGGAAAGCAAUGGUAAGCGCCCCGCAGAGGACGUUGAUGACGAGCCAUCCUACAAGCGCUCACGGAAAUCUGAUGACAUGGUGGAGUUGCGCGUGUUGUUACAGAGCAAAAAUGCUGGAGCUGUGAUUGGAAAGGGGGGCAAGAACAUUAAAGCUCUGCGCUCUGAUUACAAUGCCACUGUGUCAGUCCCAGACAGCAGUGGGCCCGAGCGGAUCCUGAGCAUCAACGCAGACAUCCCGACUGUAGCUGAUAUCCUGCUGAAGAUCAUCCCUACACUAGAGGAGUACCAACAUCAUAAAGGGGUGGACUUUGAUUGCGAGUUGCGGAUUCUGAUCCAUCAAAGUUUAGCAGGCAGCAUCAUUGGUGUGAAGGGAGCCAAAAUCAAAGAGCUGCGUGAGAGCACACAGACUACCAUCAAGCUGUUCCAGGAGUGCUGCCCUCAGUCCACUGACCGCGUGGUGCUGGUUGGCGGUAAAGCAGACAGGGUUGUGCAGUGUAUUAAGACCAUGCUGGAGCUCAUUGUUGAGGCUCCCAUUAAAGGCCGUGCACAGCCAUAUGAUCCAAACUUUUACGAUGAAACAUAUGACUACGGUGGCUACACCGUGAUGUAUGAAGAGCGUGGACGCCGGCCAAUGGGAGGGUUCCCGUCGCGGGACCGUGGGUUUGAUCGCAUGCCGCCUCGCUCUGGUCCCCGGGCUCAUCACAUGCACCCAAGAGGGAGAGAUUACGAUGACAUGAGUCCACGUCGAGGCCCGCCUCCACCCCAAAGAGGAGGCAGAGGAGGGUCCCGACCUCCACGCAACAUGCCAAUGGGACCUCCGCACCACCGCCGAGGUGAUGACUAUUCCUACAGCUCCCACCGCAGCCACUCUGACGACAGACGGCAUGGGGACAGGAGAGGAAGACCUGGGGAUCGCUAUGGCAGCAGUAUGAAUGAUGGUGGCUAUGACAACAGCUCAUCCUGGGAUAGCUAUCAUUCUGGUGGAAGGGGUAGCUACAGCGAUAUGGGAGGUCCUGUCAUCACCACACAAGUGACUAUUCCCAAAGAUUUGGCUGGAUCCAUCAUUGGAAAGGGAGGCCAGAGGAUUAAGCAGAUCCGCCGUGAAUCUGGAGCAUCGAUCAAAAUCGACGACCCACUUCAGGGCUCUGAAGAUCGCAUCAUCACCAUCGCUGGCACGCAGGACCAGAUUCAGAACGCACAGUACCUGCUACAGAACAGUGCGCUUCACAUCCUGGGGCGCCAUGACUAACCCGACUCGUCCUUCGGCUCUCUCAGGACCUGCAGCGCCACUCCACUUGUGAAACCCCACAUCCCUCCACUAUCACUUCUCUGCAGCAGCUUAGGGUUCGUGUGAGGGGAAGAUCUUUUGGUUGAGCGUUCAGCUUCAGCAGAUGGAUUGAUUGGAAUGUGUUCUUGUUAUCUAGGAUUGCGUUUUGUAUUUUGCUUUGCUUUUUAUUUUUAAAGACACCCCCAGUUUUGUUAUAAGCACCAUGCUUGCAACGCUUCACAGAAAAGCCUGCCAUUGUGAUGUUGGGUUUUGUGUUGCUUUUCUUCAACCAGCCAUCCCAAAUCAAUCCAGAAUGUACCCUUUUUUUUUUUUUUUUUUUAAGAUUUUUAAUAUCUGUUUACUUUCUCUUUUACGGAGGUAAAGGGGGGGAAAAACCUUGCAGCUGUAUGGAGAAAAUGGUGUGUAAAUAUCUCCAGUCAUUUAUAUGGAUAAAGAAUUGGUAUACGAAUCAGAAAUCCUGUACCUGUUCUGUCAGUGUGUCGCUCUCCUCUGAUGAUCCAGGCUUAACAGCAACUUGUCCCCAAGCUGCUGUAAAGUUUGAAGAACAUUGCUUAAUGUUGUAGGUUGUGUAUCAGUUUUCUCUCCCCAGUUUAUUGCUGGGUUUUAAAACCUGGUAUUUAUCCAAUUUGCUCUACCUCCUGGAAUAUAAACUUUUCUUCUUUCAUAGGUCUGCCACUCUAUAAUGAGGCCCACUUGUUGUUUUCUUUUUAAAUGGAAAAUAUGGGUGUGGAGUUGUUUUUGACUUUAGAUUUGUUUGUGUCCGGACAGAACAGUGACUUGGGGGUUUUUUCUCCCUUUGUCUUUCCAGGGUUCCCCCUCCACUCAAAUUAUCUAAGGUUCCUCACCCUGAUACAUUUGUAGACUGUCAUUUGUCAACAAUAAUAAAUGCCAGUUUUUUUUUAAUUAAAUUGGUGUUUUGACUUCA